CACACCCGGACGAGCCAUGUAGUCGGUGUACCCUCCGCACUACGGCGGACAAUUGUUGCUUCUGCGCCCACAGGUGGUGUGUUACCCUUCUUUAAAAAGUAUCCUUCGAUGACUUAAAAAUAAUUUUCAUUAUAAAUCAUUGAAUAUUCAAAUAAUUUAAAUUUCAUAAACAAUAUAUAAUUUUUAAAGUGAAAUUAAGAAAUAAUUGUGUUGGUAUAUACAUUUUAUUGUGAUAUACAAAAGAGCUUGAAUUUGUUGGCUGUCUAUUGGUGGUGGUGGUGGUGUUGGUGGUGUUGGUUUUUUUUGCAUUGAGUAGUGCCGGUUUUGCGAAACUCGGUACUAGUGGUGGUUGGUGUUGGUGGUGGUGUGGUGGUGCUCCAGGCCAAGCAAAUAGGGGUCGCUCACUAAGGGUGGGAGAUCUCGGAGGGUUGGAAUUAUUAUCGACCAAAUAAGUAGCGUCGUAUAACCGACCUGUUGUCCAACUUGUUGCUCGUCCUGUGGCAUCCACCCUCAACAAGACUCAUUGAAGUUACGUCAAGAUAUAUCGUUUGAAUUAUUAAAUUAAUGUCAUAUUAUUGAUUAAUCAUUUACAAAAAUAAGUGAACAAAUGACAUUGAUAUAAGACAAUAAUGUAUUUAAUAAAAUGUAUAAUAUUAUAUAUUUAUUAUCAAAAAUAAUUAUAAUAAUUUGGCCUCAAAAAAUCAUUGAAAUGCAUCAACAAAAAAAAGAUCAAUAUUUUGGAGAUCCAAGAUAUAUACGACAAAAAAGAAUUUAUUCAAGCUAUUUUACAUGUGAUUUAUCAAAUGUAUUAGCAAUAAUCAAGUGACUGAUUAAUAAUUGAUUAAUAUAUUAUUGAAUAAAUACUUCCACCCACGUGAAUACAACGAAAGCAAUAUUUAAAACAAGGUAAAAGCUGGAGAUUAAAAUAAAAAAAUUAAAUUUAAUUAAAUAAUAAUAAUAGCAACUAAUAAUAAUUAGAUAAUAAAAAUUAAUUUAUCAAUUAAGAAUUAUUUGUUCAAGUCAAAUUGACGACCACAUUUGAAGUAAAUUAAAAUUUAAAAAAAAAAAAAAGUCCACAUUUUUUUAUCAAAUCCAUAUUUUAAUAUUUUAAAUUUAAUAAAUUGGUAAAAAAUAAACGUGCAACGAUAUAGAAUUUAAAAAAAAAAAAAAUAAUAAUUAUUAUACAUAUUUAUAAUUUUAUGUUUAUUGGAGAAUUGGGGGAAAAAAAAGAUUAAAAACAAGAUUAGUGUUUACAUUUUUAUAAUAUAUAAAUAAAUUGAUAAUUAAAUCAACAAUUGAAAUAUAAAAAAAAAUAAUAAUCAAGAUGCCGAGGUGUUAUAUGGUCAAAAAAGCCUUGUGCAACAAGUACAUGAGUACAACUAGGGGUUUUGAACCUUGGGGAAGAAAUAGAAAUUCACCACCUUUAACAAAUCAACAACAGCCGGAAAUACCAGCUGUUUCUGAACAAAUUAAAGAAAAAUGUGUUAUAGUCCAGAAUAAAAAUAUUCCAGUGUCAACGGAAACUUGUCGAAUUGAAUCACCAUUACCAUCAUCACCAUCACCACCACCGUCACCUCAACAGCAAGAAUCACCUGAUUCUCCUUCAUCUAAAGAAGAAUUUCAUAAAAACCAAAAACAAGAACAACAACAACAGCUAGAUCACCCUUUUCCAUCUCAAGAAAAAUGUAAUAUACAACAACAACAACAGGUAGAUCAACAAGAACAACAACUACAGCAACAGGAACAACAAGAAUUACAAGAAAUACAAGAAAUACAAGAAUUAGAUAACCCUCAAUCAUCUGAAGAAACAUUUUAUAUACUUGAAACAAGUUCCAAAGAUAGAUCUUUAUCUCUUUCUAUGUGUCCACCUCAAACAUAUGAAAAAAAUUUAACAAUUGAACAUCUUAUACCACAUAAUAGUGUUAUUCAAGAAACUCCACUAUUUCGUGAUAGAUCAGCUGCUGAAACAGAAGCAGCACAUGAUCUUCUUGAAUUAUCAAGAUCAUUACCACCAUUACCACAUCCAAGUGUUGCUAUUGGACCUCAAGAUGUCAUUGAAACACCAGUUAUUAAUGAAAAUGUACAAGAAAUAAGUAUUUAUCAACCAGAAUCAUCAAUUUAUCGUGUUAAUACAAUUGAUAUUGGUGGUAAUACAGCAACUAUUUAUCAACAACAACCAACUGGUAUUAUUUAUGAACCAUCAUCAACAAUUGUACAACAAACACCAAAUGGUGUAUUUAUACCUUUAUCUCCAGUACAAGAAAUUUUAUUUACAUAUAGUUCAUCAAAUGAUAUACCAUCAAUAAUAACAAGUGCAACAACAACAACACAACCAGCCCUAGAAGCACCACCAUUAACACCACCAACAUCUGAAUGUAGUUCUGAUAUUGAAAAUAAUAAUCCAAAUUUACAACCAAAAUUACAAGAUAAAGAAGUACAAACAGUUAUUGAACAAACUGAAAUUAAAGCUGCUUCAUAUACAUAUGAUACACUUAUUGUUGCUGAUGGAAGAUCAAAAAAUAAAAAAACAACAGUAACACCAACAAUCACAACAACAACAACAUCAUCAUCAUCAUCAUUAUCGUCUACGUCAACACUAGCAACAUCAAAAAUAAAUGGACAAAGUAAUAAUGAAACUGAUGAUAACACUGAAGCACCAGAAACAUCAAAAGUUGGUCGUUAUGUUUGCUGCGAGUGUGGUAAACAAUAUGCAACAUCAUCAAAUUUAUCAAGACAUAAACAAACACAUCGUAGUAUUGAUUCACAGUCAGCUAAAAAAUGUAUACAUUGUGGUAAAGCAUAUGUUAGUAUGCCAGCAUUGGCAAUGCAUGUAUUAACACAUAAAUUAACUCACAGUUGUGGUGUUUGUGGAAAAAUGUUUUCACGUCCUUGGUUAUUACAAGGACAUUUACGUAGUCAUACUGGUGAAAAACCAUAUGGUUGUGCACAUUGUGGUAAAGCAUUUGCUGAUCGUUCAAAUUUACGUGCACAUAUGCAAACACAUUCAUCAGAUAAAAAUUAUGAAUGUCCAAAAUGUCGUAAAUCAUUUGCACUUAAAUCAUAUCUUAAUAAACAUCUUGAAUCAGCAUGUCAAUUGCGUGAACCUGGUGAUGAUAGUAGUAGUAAUGAUAUUGAUACACCAUCACCAGUACAUCCAACAAUACAUUCAACAAAUAUUACUGUCAAUUAAAAAUGACAUUUUAUAUAUAACUUAAAUAAAUUAAAGCUCAAAUAAUAUUAUAUAUUUAUUUGAAUAUAAUAAUUAAUAAUAUUAUAUAUACUAAUAAUUUUGUAAGUUUAAUUUUGAGUUAUUAAAAGAGCCAAAAGUAAUUAAGACAAAUGCUUUUUUUUUUUUUUUAUUUAUUUGAGCUUUUAGUUUGUCAGUAGAAAAAAAAUAGAAAAAAAAAAAGAGAGAAAAUGUAUUGGAAAAUGGAAAUAAAAAAAAGACAGAUUUCCGUUAUUUUUCAACGGAUAAAAACACGUUGACCUCGAUCUCUAAAGUUGGUUUCAUCCAACACACAGUAAUAUCGAUUCACAUCUGCGGUUGUAUGUACCAUGCACCCCGUUGAGGCUUAUCCCCCCGAGGGUCCCUCAAACUCGGGGGCGGAAUUGUCUUUUUUAUAUAUAUAUAUUAUAUUUUUUUUGUCAUCAUUUUUUAUCGCCCUUACUUUUUAUUAUUAUUUUUUUUUUUUUCUCUUUACUUCUACUCUUCUACAUGUACUUUUAUUUUAUUUUUAUGAUUUUUUUACUUUGUCCUCGAUGUCGUAUGGGCACGACAAUGAGUCGAGGACAGUACUUGAGUCUAUCAUGGACACGUCAAGGCGCCACGAGAGACUGAAGUUGAAGAUACAAGGGUUGAAAAGAAAUAAAAAAAAAAAUGAUGAUGAUGAUAAAUUGGAGGGAUCUAAGAAAAGUUGAAUAAUGUUGAAAAUAUAUAUAAUUUUUCAAAUAACAUUUUAAGAAAAUGAAACAAAUAAAAUAAAUUAACAAAAAAAAUAUAUUGCAGUUACUACGUGACAGUAAAUGAACAUCAGUAAAAAAAAAAAUGAAAAAAAAUAAAUAAAAAUUGGCUUCCUUUUAUUGAUCGAAAUAACAAUAUUUUUACGAAGCCAUAUCGCGUGUUUGAAGCUGCUUUAUAUUUUUUCAUUGAAGGGUUUUACCCGAGCUACCGAUCGAGUGUCGAAUUGUAUGACUACGAUCAAAAUAAAAUAAAUAAAAUUGUAUAAAGACUUGCAUGGGAUUCAGGGUAGUUUUAUGACAAAUUAUCAAUCAAAUUUUGAUUAAUUAUUGUCGUAAAUGCAGACUGGUUUUGAGUCAAAAAAAAAAUAUAAAAAAUCAUUAUUUUUUUAGUUGUUAAAUUAGUGCACGAAUCUCUUUAAAUACGUCCAAGCUAGUCAGAUUUAAAAAUAUAAAAAAAAAAAAAAAAAACUCUUCUAGUCAUGCAUUUGUUAUAUUAAUUAAUAAUAAUUAUUAUUUUUAUUUAAAAAAUUAUUUAAAUAAUAUCAGUCAAUAUAUAAACUUGAAUUUUUUUUCCUGAAAAAACUAAGUCAAAUCUAGUCAAAUUAAUUUUUUUUCAACAGCAAAAAUUUGUUAUUAAUUUAUAUUUUAAUCGAAAUUUUAAUUUAUUGUAAAAAAAAAAAAGCAAUGUAGUCGAUUUUAAAAUAUUUAUUUUUACACGAAAAGAAAAACUAAUUUUUUAAAAUAAAAAAAUUAAAAUGAAACAUUGAUUAAACAAAUCAAUUGUUCUAGUAUUUAAUUUCUAGUCUUUUAUAUUUGUUAUAUUUUUAUUUAACAAUUAAAUAUUUUAUUUAAAAAUUAGGAAUUAUAGUUUUUCAGAAAUUAUUUGUGUAUCAAUGUAAUUAAUGUUGAGUGGAUGAAAAAAAAAAAUGGACAAAAUUCAUUUAAUUAUGGCUCUUUAAACAAAGCAAUUAAAAAAAAAACAAAAAUCAAAGUCAAUGAUUGUCAGUUAUUUAAAACAACGAGUAUUUUCAUAUCGUGUUUUUCUCAAACAAAAAUAAUAAAAAAAAUACUUGUUCUAGUAUUUAAAAAAAAAUAAUAAAUUAUACUCAAAUGAAAAAAACGCUUAAAAAAAAUUAAAUAAAAAUCCAAUUAACAAAUUUUUUUCGAUAAUUCACAGUCAGUUCAAUUAAGUGACAUAAAAAUCAAUUAAUAGCCAUUAAAGCUAAUGCCAGUACAGUCAAUCGAAUAUAUAUAUAGAAAUUAAAAAAAAAAAAAUUAAUAAAUAAUAAUAAUUAUAUAAA